AUGGUGUGGACGUCUCGGGCUUCUGGCGUUCCUCUUGCCCUGCUCCCGCUGCUCAUAGUCCUGUGUGCAGUGCCAGCAGACUCCAGCUCUUGCCCAAAGUGCUCUGCAGAAGCCCUGCUCAAAACCAAACAGAUGGCCAUCCACAUCAAGCAACCCACGCAGGCGCUCUUCAAAUCCUAUCUGACUCGUGCGCGCCUGCUGAAACCUUUCUAUUGCAAGAUGCCAGUGCUUUGGUUUCCACGCCGCAAUAUCUCUAGGCAGCCAGAGAGCACAAUGUUGCAGGAGCUGUACAGGACUCUGGUGCACAUGAAAGACUCUCUCUCAGUAAUCAGAGAGCAACAAAAGGCCUGGGAUCAUCCGGACUCUCCAUUGCACCAGAAACUGGAAGCAGCUUGGCUGUCAGCCUCUGGACUUCUGAUCAACACUGGUUGUGCCCUCUGCCUUCAGGAGCUUCCUCCAAGCAGCGUCCCUCCUCUGGUGAGACCUACAGAGCCUUCAACCUUUGACCAAAAGCUCAGAGGAUGCCAGGUGCUUUGGAACUAUUCCAAACUGAUUGCUGGGUUGGCCAAGGUCUUUGAAAAGCAGUUAAAUCAAGGAGGAAGAUCGGCACGGGAGGGAAAGAGAAGCAGAACACAGAGACAUGGUGCUACUUUCUGACUGACUCAUCAGAAGUGA